AUGGCUAAGUCUGCCCCAGAGAAUCGUGCUGGCUUCCGCGUCGCCAUUUUUUGCGCCUUACCUCUCGAAGCGGAAUGCGUCCAAGCUACAUUUGACCAAACGUGGAAGAGAGCGUAUGGCAAAGUCGAUGGAGAUCCCAACGCCUAUACCUUUGGAGCCAUCGGUGCCCACAAUGUUGUCCUCGUUCACAUGCCAGACAUGGGCAAAGUCAAUGCCGCAAGUGUCGCAGCCAGUUUGCGACCUAGUUUUCCUAACAUCAAGCUCGGCCUUGUGGUUGGCAUCUGCGGAGGUGUGCCUUUCACACCCGACAAUGCACAAGAGAUCGUACUGGGAGACGUAAUCAUGAGCAGAGCAGUCAUGCAGUAUGACCUUGGCAGGCAAUAUGAUGAUGGGUUCGAAAGCAAGAGAGCCUUAGCAGACACGCUUCCCCGACCAAGCCGAGAAAUUCUAUCAAUCCUCCGCAAGCUGGAGAGUACCUUCAGUCGCAAGGAGAUGCAAGAGGAGCUCAUGGACCAUGUGCUAGUCAUCAGAGAAAAACUCCCAGACAAAAUCAUUUAUCCCGGGCCAGCAGCUGACCGUCUCUACAAUGCAUCGUAUCUGCACAAGCAUCGAGACAACCAAAAGGGAGACAAAUGUGCUCUUUGCCGCAGCAGACCGGAGCACAUUUGCUCUGAUGCUCUUUCAAAAACCUGUGACGAACUGGGCUGCGAUGAGGCUGAGCUGGUGCGCCGACAGCGUCUGAUUAAAGCUCUAGAGAAGCCAAACGCUGAAGCUCUGGAAAAUCUGCGGCCUGCGAUCCAUAUUGGGACAAUGGGAUCGGGGGACACCGUGAUGAAGUCUGGAACUCGUCGCGACAUGCUCGCGAAAAGGGAUAAACUCAUCGCAUUUGAGAUGGAGGGUGCCGGCACGUGGGAGCAUUUCCGCGAUAGCCUGAUUAUCAAGGGAGUUUGUGACUACGCCGAUAGUCACAAGAAAAAAGGAUGGCAAUACUGUGCUGCAGCUACAGCCGCUGCUUGCGCCAAAUUGUUCUUGAAUGAGUGGAAUGCUGGUGACCGGUCCUCCGAGCAAGGUUAG